CGUGGGAUGAUGAUCAGCUGACUCUGCCGGAGGAGGAAGAGGGAUGAAAAUGGAAGGGAACAGAGACGAAGCAGAAAAAUGUAUAAAUAUAGCGACGAGAUCCCUCGAAGCCGGAGAUAAAGAUAAAGCGUUGAAGUUUCUAAUCAAAGCAGAGAAGCUGUAUCCAACUGACAGAGCCAAAGCUUUGUUGGAAGCAUUAACAAAGAAUGGGAGCUCAGCGGGUAACGGUGCUUAUCGAAGGAGACCAGCACAAAGCUCAGAAAGCACCAAUGCCCAGCCAGAAAAAGAAAACCAUGAAUCUGGAGGAGGCGACUCUUCUAAAGGCUUCACCAAAGAGCAGGUUGAAGGUGUGCAAAGAAUAAAGCGGUGUAAGGACUACUAUGAAGUGCUGGGUGUCAAUAAAGAAGUCAAUGAAGAUGAGCUAAAGAAAGCCUACAGGAAACUCGCGCUCAAGUUCCAUCCAGACAAAAAUCAUGCGCCUGGAGCAACAGAGGCCUUUAAAAAGAUUGGUAAUGCAUACGCAGUGCUGAGCAACCCAGAUAAAAGACGGCAGUAUGACCUGUCAGGAGAGGAGCCGAGCAGCCCAGGUCACUCACAUGGGGGAGGAGGCUUCGACUUCCAGCGGGGCUUUGAGGCUGACAUCACUCCUGAGGACCUCUUCAAUAUGUUCUUCGGAGGAGGCUUCCCCUCCUCAAGUCCACACACCUUCACCAACAGCCGAACGAGCUACAGCCAGCAGACGGAUUACCGGCAAGAGAGAACAGAAGAAAGGGGAGAUGGUGGUUUCUCAAUGUUUAUCCAGCUGAUGCCAAUCGUGGUCCUGAUUUUAGUGUCAAUACUGAGCCAGAUGAUGGUGUCCCCUCCACCCUACAGCCUCUACUCUAGGCCGUCCACGGGUCAGACUGUAAAACGGCAGACAGAUAACCUGCACGUCGACUACUACGUCACUAGAGAUUUCAAGUCGGAGUUUAAGGGCUCAGCGCUGCAGCAGAUUGAGAAAAAUGUGGAGGACGACUAUGUAUCUAAUGUCAGAAAUAACUGUUGGAAGGAGAGACAGACAAAAACAGACCUGUUGUAUGCCGCUAAGGUGUACAGGGACGACCGAAUGCGCAAGAAGGCAGAGCUUAUGACCAUGGAUAACUGCAGGGAGCUGGACAGACUAAAUAACCUAUUCAGAGGCGGAUGAGUUGGACGCUUUUAGAUCAUAUAAGUGUAUAUGAAUAGAUGUGUAUGUUCAUGUUUUUUAAGAAAGAGUCUUUACACUAGGAGCAAAAACUUAAUGAAAUAAUUUAGCUCUAUCGUUGAAGUUUUAAAGAAUUGUCCCUCUCCUCAUAUCUCGACACCAACUUCCUCACUCCAGCCUGACCCCAGGAGCCGCCUUGUUACAUCUUAAUGAACCAGUCUACACACACUGUAGAAAGCUCCAGACCGUUUUCCUUUUUUUUUUUUACUCUGCUUUUCUUAUAUUUUGGAAACAAGAAGGACAAGGACACUUGAUUGUAAAGGCAUGUGCUUUGAGUAGUGAGAACCCAAACAAUUCACUGUCUUAAGAUCAACCAACAGCUUUUCGGCAUCAUCUGCUUGCCAUAAGAUGAGAGACUCUGUAGGUGCGUUCGGAGGCGCUGUCCUCCAGCCAAAUCCAUUUUGUGAAGAACACGGGAACAAAUGAAGAAAAGAAAAUAACAGUGCUUCUUCUAGCUUCCUACUCACCUCAGAUACCUGUGAUUUUGCUACUAGAGAACAUUUUACAUCACCAUCUUCAAAAUGUAAAAGUUGGUCGGGACUGAACAUGGAAGGACAUUGAAACUGUUAUUCAUAAAUGGUUGUACAUUUUCAUUUUUGAAUGUUUGAACUUUAUGCAGUUAUUUAAGAAACUAUAGAAGAAACAGAGUUUUUCUUCAGUGCUCGCCUAAUCAUUUAAAUAAAGUAAAAUUAUUACCAUA